AUGGAGGACUCUAGUUUGUGUCUUGGUGUGUCAUCAGCGGUGCCUGAUGCUGAUGCCCAUCUGAGCAGUGCAGUCUUGAAUGGCCGCUACCCCAUAAGUCAAAAGCUUCACCAGCUAACUGCCCAGCUAGGACACGCCUUUCCUGACCUACACCGCCCACAACAGAUCCCUGAAGAGAAAGCAGCCACGCCUUUAGACGAGAAGACCCAUCACGCAGCCCUGGCUAGUCAACCUAUCAGCAGUCAGAUGGCCUUGCUCGCCAAUCAGCUCAACCGAGACAUUGACGCAGGGGCGCUAAGUGGGCUAAACGGACGAGUUGACCUGCAGCAGUUUCUCAAUGGCCAGAACUUGGGCAUCAUGUCCCAGAUGAAUGAUAUUGAAGAUGACGCCCGCAAGAAUAGGAAGUAUCCCUGUCCAUUAUGUGGCAAGCGCUUCCGUUUCAACAGCAUCUUGUCGCUGCACAUGCGCACACACACAGGAGAGAAGCCCUUCAAGUGCCCCUACUGUGACCACCGAGCUGCUCAAAAGGGCAACUUGAAGAUCCACCUCCGCACCCAUAAACUGGGUAAUCUCGGUAAGGGCCGUGGCCGUGUCCGAGAGGAGAACAGGCUGCUGCAUGAGCUGGAGGAGAGGGCCAUCCUGAGGGACAAGCAGAUGAGAGGGAGCGGCAGUCUCCUCCAGACAGCUCAAACACCCCAUCUGGGUCUCAAUAACAGCUCUAACACCCAGCAGCAGCAGCUAGGCUCAGCUUGUGGCCUCCUUCCUCCCUCUGGCCUCGCCACUCCAGACACAGUUUCCCAGCCUUCUUCUUCACCCAAGCCAGCUGGCACCCAGGAUGAACAGUCCCUGAACCCAACUACAGGCUUCCGCUGUACCUUCUGCAAAGGGAAGUUCAAGAAGCGAGAGGAGCUGGACCGCCACAUUCGCAUUCUCCACAAGCCCUACAAAUGUACUCUGUGUGAGUUUGCUGCCUCCCACGAAGAGGAGCUGAUAAGUCACGUGGAAAAAGCCCACAUCACAGCCGAGACCACGCAGGGCCAGGGUGGCGGUGGUUCUGGCGGCAUGCAGAUGGCCACCGAGUUCCGCUGCGAUGUGUGCGGCCAGGUGUUCAGCCAAGCUUGGUUCCUGAAGGGUCACAUGCGCAAGCACAAGGACUCCUUUGAACACUGUUGCCAAAUCUGUGGCCGUCGUUUCAAGGAACCCUGGUUCCUGAAGAACCAUAUGAAGGUACAUCUCAACAAGCUGGCCAUCAAGAGCAAGCCUCCCCAGCCCAGUGAGCAGGACAUUGCUGCCGUCAAUAGCAUGAGCAAUCUGGCUCAGGAAGCUCAUGCUAACCUUUACUCACGCUACAUCUCCUGUCUUCAGGGAGGCUUCCUUUCUCCAGACAAACAGGGCCUGAGUGAGCAGCACCAGAUGUUGGCUAAAGCGGGGAUAGCCAUGAAGGAAAAAGAGAUGUUAGGGAAGCUGCUGGGGCCAAUGGCAGGAGGUAUGGGCCAUGGGCUGGGUGAAAACGAGAAGCGCUCACUCCUGGGUUGUCUAAACCUUGUGCCACCACUCAAGUCGAGCUGCAUGGAGCGCCUCCAGGCAGCUGCGAAAGUGGCAGAGAUGGAUUCCCUCAGUAGCUAUCAAGCCUGGCAGAUAAUGGCUCGUGGCAUGGCUAUGGACAGGGCCUUCAUGCCUAAGGAGCAGCAGCAGCAGCAGCACCAGCACCACAUACCCCCAGGGCAAGAAGAUGAUAUGGGUGGUGCUGGGGCCUUGGCUACUUUCUCAAAGGAUAAACAAGACUACUCCUUGAUUUCUUCCAAUGAUAGCUCCAAGCAGAAGCAGCUCUCAGAGGCCUUGCAGGGAUCCAAGGCCUCUAGUGGAGCCAUGAUGUCCAUGAAGGAGGAUGGAAGAGGCUUUGACAGUCAUCGUGACUUAAUGUCUCACCAUGGUAGUUCUGAGGCUCCUGGAGCCCUGGCUGGCUUGGGAAGCCCAAACAUUGACUACAGCCUCUCCAGCCUCUCCGGUCUAAAGGAGAAGCCUUCAGAGUGCCCUGACUGUGGCCGUAUCUUCAGAACCUACCAUCAGAUGGUUGUCCACUCCCGUAUCCAUGGCAAAGACAGGAGAGGCAUCGAGGAAGUGCUCCAGCAACAGGGUCUGGAUGAACGUCGUGGGUCAGCCAGUGACCCCGAGUCCCAGUCCAUUAGCCGCUCGACCACUCCUGGUUCAUCCAAUGUGACAGAAGAGAGCGGAGCUGGAGGAGGACACUCCCAGACCGGAAGUGUCCAGGAUGACAGCCCACAUCCCUCCUCACCAUCUUCAGAUGUUGGGGAGGACUUGGGAAAGGCAGCGGGGAGCAUUCAGCCGCCUCUGUCCCAGCAUCGCGAGCGGAGCAUGGGCUCAUCCUCCAAGGAUUGCCCCUACUGUGGCAAGUCCUUCCGCACCUCUCAUCAUCUCAAAGUUCAUCUGCGGAUACAUACAGGAGAGAAACCCUACCGGUGCCCUCAUUGUGACUAUGCCGGCACCCAGUCUGCCAGUUUGAAGUACCACCUGGAGCGCCACCACCGCGAGCGUCAAAAUGGCUCCACCACCUCAGGCCCAUCCUCUGGCCACACCGCUUCCUCUGACCACAAAGAGGAUCAUGGGAAGACAGCCGGUGGCGGCGGUAUCUUUGCCCGACCAGAUGUCCUCCGUAAUGUUUUCAAGGGAAUGCCUCCCAACCUGGACUUCAGGGCAGGUCCACUGCUGCCGCAUCAGUGGGCGUCGGCCGGCAUCAUGUCUCCGCAUGACCGAGAUCGUGAGCGCGGAGACCGCCGUUUUGACUCCGCCUCCUCAGCCGAGAACAUGAAGACAGCCGAUGGCCCUUCCUCCCAUGUCCCAACCGCGACAGAAGGUCCCGCUAGCUUCUCCGACCUAAGCAGGGCUUACCAAAGCAUGAUGGGAAACGGAGUCCACUUUCAAGGUUCUCUUCAGGCCUUCAUGGACAACUUCGUCCUCAGCUCCAUGAAGAAAGACAUGAAGGACAACCAGAGUCCAGUCCAGCUCCAGGCCCAGCUCUACCACGACAACGGUGAGCCCAAAGCCAAGCGGGUCAUCUCGGUUGACCAGGACAGAGAGGAGAAGGCUGAAGCCAAACCCAACUCAGAGCCUGGCAAACCUGGGUCCCAGUACGAACCACUUGACCUGUCUGUGUCGGUCCGGCCUGAGUCUGCAUCCGGAUCUCUUCCCGGCUCCUCCGUCACUAUCCACGAUAACGUGGCGUGGCACGGCUGCCUCUUCUGCUCCUUCUCCACCUCCUCAUUGGAGCUCAUGGCUCUGCACCUCCAGGCCAACCACCUGGGUAAGGCCCAGCUGCAGCGGUCUGAUACAGGCAAGGAGCUGCAUGGAGAGACCUCUCCGACCACCUCCACCAUCCACUCCUCCAACACCAAGACCUCCGGUGUGGCCCUUGACAAAGAUGGAGACAGGGAUGGAGAGAAAGGCCAGGGAGGCUGGAACAACCACAUGGACCAGCCCUACAAUCCCUUCCAGAGUGACUUCUACAGACGGUUUGGUGGCUUGUAUGAUGGAUCACCGAGGGCCAACCAGGGCCUUCAGGGGUAUAUCGCCCCAGCAGAGCAGGGUCUUGACCUACCUAGCCAGGCCUUUGGAGGAGGAGCUUCAGCCGGGGAAGACCAGAUUGGUGAAAGGGGCUCCCGUGGUGAUGCUGAAGAGGACCAGGCAGGAUCAGAUGACGAGGUUGUAAAGGCUGGGGUGCACAGCGCCAAUGAGACCCCCUCAACCACCCCCAAGAGACAGCAGCAACAGAAUCACUCUGACGAAGAGGAAGAGGAGGGAGGAGUGGCUGAAGAGGAGGAGGACAGAGAUGAGGAUGGGCAAAUGGACAUGGAGAGAGAGGAAGACGGAAGUCCAGCUCCAGACCACCUCCAGAACCACCCCAAACACCUCCAAGAUGACUCCUCCUUGCCCCCAAGGAGCAGCGCCGGUUUGGUAGCAUCUUCUUCCACCAUGGCACCACUGUCUCUGGUUCCCCAAGCCCAGAACCAAGCUCUGCCGCUGGAGAAGCAGUGGCAGCAGGGCCUGGGCCUCCUGUCUCCUGGAGGUCCUCCAGGACUGUUGAAGGCCGAGCAGCAGACCCACCUAGAGCAGCAGAUGAACAUGCUGUCUGUCCUCAGAGCCUACAGCAACGACAACAUCCCUGCAUUCAACGGCCUGGGAGGCGGCACAGGAGGAGCACCCACGGGGGGCAUGAAGAGGCCAGAUGCACCUGGUAAUGGAGGCGUGAGACCGUUCAAGUGCAGUUACUGCCCCUACAGUGCCUCCCAGAAGGGCAACCUGAAGACUCACGUGCUGUGCGUGCACCGCAUGCCCUUCGACAACACCCAGUACCCCGACCGUCGCUUCAAACGCUCCCGCCCGGAGUCCGACUUCCUGGACAAAAGCCCCGACGACGCCUUUGGUGGCGUUACAUCUAAUCAACCAAUGACGGAAGCGGAAGGAAGCCACGGGAGUAACGCUGUGCCGUUUGCCAGCGAGGCCGCGUCUUGUCACCAGGAGUGA